UCAAGUCUAUCAGAUUCAAUGCCAUGAAAUUGGACGUUCGGUCUUUCACCGUAUAGCUGGGACUACCACUUUCUUUUGUUGUUUAGUCCGGUAGUCAUCAUGCAGUCGAUUCUUCUAUCUUUAAUCUUCCUUGCCCCCAGACUGGCUCGUGCCCAAACAGGAGUCACACAGCCCAUCUCAGAGAACUGCGGCCCCUCCGUGGUAUGCAUAAAUCGCUAUGGCAAUGUCCUACCCUACCACUUUUUCCGCAAUCUAACUACAAUGGAUGCACCCACCACGUUUGGUGACACCACGGUGGCCAACGGUACCAAGCUGAACGACAUCAAGUCGGCCGAUUUCAUUGUGUACAACAAGGAAAAAGGUCUCGAGGCUUUAGGACCCAACCCCAAUUACGAGUAUGUCUUCGCGGUGAAUGAGGCCGUGCACGAGGCUCCUGUCUAUGUAGCGUCCCAAAACAAGCUGUAUUUGUCGCAGCUAGCUCCUCCCACUGGCUAUCUACCGCAGCUUGUGGUCGACCUAAACCAGGAUCCCCCCACUUUGUCCGAAUUUCUCUCUGAUCCCCCGGUAUAUGCCCCCAAUGGUGGUACGUUCCACAACGGCAAGAUCAUCUGGGGUGCUUCUGGUGGCAACAACUCCAUUGGAGGUUCCGAGCAGCGUGUGGGGUUGAGAACCCUGGAUCCAGAGACCAACAAGACCGUCAGCUUGGUCAAUAACUACUUUGGCUACUAUUUCAAUACGGUUGAUGAUCUUGCCGUUCAUCCCAAGACGGGAGAUAUCUGGUUCACCGAUCCUCAAUACUCUUGGUUCAAUUCUCUAACUGAUACGCCUCCUCAGCUGCCCGCUGCCAGCUAUCGUUAUAACACUUCUUCUGGUGCAGUUGUCGUAGUCGACGACAGUAUCGGACAGCCGAAUGGUAUCGCUUUCACCCCAGAUGGCUCAAUCGUCUACAUCAGCGACACAGUUGCUGUCAGCGCCCCGGUCGACCCGAAGUAUGGCCAUCCGGGCAGCACAUUCAACACGACUCAGCGAAGAACCAUCUAUGCCUUCGACGUGAGUCAAGAUGGAGCCCACGCCUACAACAAACGGCCCAUCUACCUCGCACCUGGCUUUGUCCCCGAUGGACUGAAAGUGGCCGCAAAUGGCUACAUCGUUACCGGCUGUGGUUACGGGGUGGACGUCAUAGAUCCAUCCGGGGAAUUGCUGUUCACCAUCCAGACGAACUACACGGUUCAGAACUUUGCCUGGACCGGCCCGGAAUUGAAGACGCUGUGGCUGAUGGGGAAUGGGGGGAUCAGUAAAGUGGAAUGGAAUCUUGUAGGACAGGAGCUGAAAUAAGUCGGGGUACAGGAAGUCUUGC